AACUUUCUGAGCUAGAAAGAUGCGUGAGUAUACGGAAAAGAAGGAAACAUGUGGGACGAUCUGUCUCAAGUACCUGCUCUUCAUCUUCAACUUUUUUUUCUGGCUGGCUGGCGGGGCUGUGAUGGCAGUGGGCACCUGGACCCUAGCUGAGAAGAGUGACUACAUCAGCCUGCUCUCCUCCAGCACGUAUUCAGCAACUGCUUAUAUUCUGGUGGUGGCUGGGGUGGUUGUCAUGGUUACUGGCACAGAGCGUCGGAAUUUGCUAAGAGUGUACUUCAUAUUGUUGCUGUGCAUCUUUCUCCUGGAGAUCAUUGCUGGAAUCCUGGCCUAUAUCUACUACCAGCAGCUGAGCAUGGAGCUGAAGCAAAAUUUGAAGAACACCAUGACGCAGAAGUACCGGAAGGAGGGAGAAGAGAGUGUUACCAGCGCCGUAGACAAACUGCAGCAGGAGUUCAAGUGCUGUGGGAGCAACAACUACACAGACUGGGCUGACAGCGUGUGGAUCAAAUCUCCAGAGGCCAAUGGACGGAAAGUCCCAGACAGCUGCUGUAAGACGAUAACCGACCUGUGUGGCCGAAGAGACCAUCCUUCCAACAUCUACAAGGAGAGUGGUUGCAUUACCAAGCUGGAAAACUUCAUUCAAGAACAUCUGAAAAUUAUUGGGGCAGUGGGAAUCAGCAUUGCUUGCGUGCAGAUCUUUGGGAUGAUUUUCACCUGCUGCUUGUACAGGAGUUUAAAGCCAGAACCAUAUUAAUAGCUGCGGGAACUCUGUCCCGCCCCCUCUGCCACUUCCCUUCGCGCCUGCCAACCUGACCACUCUCCACCACCGCCACAGAAGUGUCUAUAACCUGAGGACUUGGCUCUGUGUUUAAAUGCCUUUCAAACUAUGCACAGCCUUACCUGCCCCCUUGGGGAAAAGUAACUCUCUUUUUUGUGUACAAGGCAGCCACGAGUUCAGCGGGUCCUCUUCAUUGUCAAGAAACAAAAGAGCUGUGGAUCUUCUGCUAGAAGCUUUAGCGAAGCUGUCCCUUGAUGUAACUACAAAGUAAGAAUUAUCCAUGGCCAUUUCUCUUGAGGCUUUUCCUGAGCCAACAUGAAGGUAUCAGGAUGCU